GACAGGCUUCCUGAUAACCAGUAUCAUGAAAAGACAGCAAUGGACCUGGCAGCUGAGCAGCUACGCCUUUGGCCUACUCUGAGCAAGUCAACUCAACAAGAGCUGGUGCAACAUGAGGAAAGCACUGUUUUCAGCCAGGCCAUCCAUUUUGCAAACCUCAUGGUCAACCUGCUAGUUCCACUAGAUACAAGUAAAAACAAGCUCCUGAGAGCAUCUGCACCAGGAGACUGGGAAAGUGGGAGCAACAGCAUUGUCACAAACAGUAUUGCAGGAAGUGUAGCUGAGAGCUAUGAUACAGAGAGUGGGUUUGAAGACUCAGAGAACAAUGACAUUGCCAACUCUGUUGUGCGGUUUAUUACCCGAUUUAUUGACAAGGUUUGCACAGAGAGUGGAGUUACUCAGGAUCACAUCAAGAGCCUUCAUUGCAUGAUACCAGGAAUUGUAGCUAUGCAUAUUGAAACUCUAGAAGCAGUACAUCGAGAGAGUAGACGACUUCCACCUAUACAGAAG